UCCUCGCGUGCCUCGUCCUCCUACCUUUUACUGCUCCUCGCGUCUCCCUGCUCCCAGCGUCAGCCCAUCGAUCGGGCUUUUCCAAGAGAAUCUCCCGCCAUGGCGACAGGCCCACUGAAGCGCCUCUGCAGGUCUCGCCUGCGCGAUCUGCUCGUCGCGAGCAGCUCUCGUCAACGUCGCACAGUCGCGUCGUCAUGCGAUCCCAUCCACCUCGUCGCCAGCACCUCCCACCGCACAUUCGCCGCUCACGAUCAGGUAGACGCUUCCACUCUCCACGCAUGCACUCACUCCGCCGGUCACGCGCACUCCGCCGGUCACGCGCACCUCCGCCAGUCACGGUCACAGGUUUCUCGGCGGAUAUUUGCAACCCGCCGCCCUUCCGCGCGACCGCAGCCAGCCCGCUUCACCUCCACAGUCGCUGCGUGCUUCGCGCGCAGCGUCGGCGCGCUUUGAGUCGGCUCAGAGGCCCGGGCCCGCCGCGCCACGAUCAGCGGCAGGGAGGGACGCAGCAUCGCGAGCAGCAGCAGUGCGCUGCCCGCACUCAGCUGCCGCCGAGCGGCGGCACUUGGACGUGCUGCCGCGCACCCCUUCGCCCGCGCGCCGGGCAACUCGCUUCAGCAGCGGUGGCACCAGCAGCAGCAGCGCAAGGAAUCCGCGGCCACCACUCCGCUGCCGCCGAGCGGUGCCGCCACGACGAGCAUCGCUCGGCAGACAACGGAGCGACGACGGCGACGGGGACGGCCGGUGCGUCCGAUUUUGCGACCACUGCCACGUCAGCAGCUGAUGGCGACGCGGGCGCUCCACGUGGCUCAUGGCGGCGCCCACGUCAGUGAUGCCUCCUCGUGCUGGCUGUGCUCCGCUGAUCGCGGUGGUGAUGGCGGCGUGGGGGGGGAUGCUGGCGACGCAGGGAGGGGCGUGGACGCAGGGAGGGGCGUGGACGCAGGGAGGGACGUGGCGCCCUCGGGUGCGAGCAACGACAGCUCCGCCAGCAAGGAAGGCAGUCCGCUGACGUGGCGGUUCUUCUGCGGGACAUGUGGCGCGCUGCAACCGGUCGACAAGAGUGUGGACCUGUUUGAGCUGUUCGGCCUCCGUCGUGCGUUCGCCAUCGACCUGCCGCUACUGGAGCAGCGCUACAAGCAGCUGCAGAAGAUGCUGCACCCGGACCUGCACGGGGCCAAGUCCGAGGAGGAGCAGCUGCUAUCAGCAGAGCAGGCAGCGUUUGUCAUCGAUGCCUACUACACGCUGCUCAGACCCCUCUCUCGAGCCAAGUACCUGCUCCGCGCCAGUGGCAUCACCUCAGCGGAGCUGAGUGGCGACAGCCCGGGGAGGGACAGCAGCUGCUAAUGGAGGUGAUGGAGCUGAGGGAGACGAUAGAGGAGGCGGAGAGCAGGGAAGAGCUGCAGGCACUGCAGACACAGCACUUUCACUGUGAAGUCAGGUGACGUUUCAAAAUGGCAUUUUCAGAUAAGUAUGGCUGCCACCUGCAAAGUCUGGUCUUCGUAUUUUCCGACCAGUCAGGCCCAUUUUGGGAGGCUGACUUUUUUUGUCAAACCAGUCCGAACCAGCCA